AUGUUUCUUCUUAUUCUUGUUCUACUUAUAUCGAUUCCACUUGUCUCGCCAUCUUAUCACAUUCCAAAACUUGGACGAUAUCACACAUUUUUGAGAAUUGGUAAACGGCAUUUUAACGAACCAUGCAUUAAUCCAUCAAUAUGUACAGAAAAUCAACCAAGAACUCCAAUGAAAUGUAUUGUAUUUUUCAAUCAACACUUAUGUUGGCCACAAAUAAGUGAAGAAAAAUCAAUGAGAGAUCAAGAUUCGAGACCAAAUCAUCUUAAUAAUCGCAUAUUUAAAGACAAUACCUGA